AGUUAUGGAAAUCUUGGCAAUGCUUAUCGUGGUCUAGGACAGUUCAAAACAGCCAUCGAGUACCAUAAGCGUCACCUGGAAAUUGCCAAAGAAGGGGGAGAAAUGCUUGGGAUUGCCAUAGCUCUUUGUAAUCUUGCUUGCAGUUCUGAACGGCAGGGAUGUCUCGAAAGCGCCCUCGACUAUUUUGUUUCGAGUGGGAAGGUUUUUAAUGAGCUUCGGGCUAGUCUUCUGACUCACGAUGCAUGGAAGGUUUCGUUCCGAAAUGUUUACCAAACAGCAUACAAGGGUACUUGGCGCCUUCUUUUGAGACAGGGUGAGGACGUCAAAGCUCUUCUUGCUGCCGAGGAGGGACGUGCACAAGCUCUAGGAGAUUUGGUAGAUGUAAAGUAUAACUUUGGACAAGCCUAUCCUCGGUCGAAUUUUGGAAAGCGCUCUGAUUGCCUUUCACUAAAAAACAUUUCAUCAGAUGCAGUUUUUCUAGCAAUAACCGGACCUUACAUUGCUUCGUGGGUCAUUCGGAAUGGGAAAGUUGUCGGAUCGAGAAUGAAACAUGUGAACAACUUUGUUUACCAGGAUGAAUUAGAAUUCUACAUCACCUCUCUGAAUAAGGCUGCUCUCUCACAAGUUGUUACAAGGCCUGCUUCUCAAUGUGAAAUAAGUUUACCUGUAGUGGGCCGAGAUGGAAAAGGAGCUAGCGAUGGUUCUCUGCGAAACUCGAUGACAAAUGCCCUGAGGAAGCUUCAUGAUAUCAUAGUCACUCCAAUCGCUGAUUUGGUGGAUGGAGAUGAGAUUGUAUUUGUUCCUGAAGGUCCACUUUGCUUGGUGCCUUAUGCAGCAUUGGUGGAUUCGAGUUCAAGGUAUCUGUGCGAAUCUUUCAGGAUUCGAGUGCUUCCAUCCUUAACCAUUUUGAAAUCAAUAACUGACUGCCCGACAGAAUUUCAUGUUAAAACCGGUGCACUGCUCGUGGGUGAUCCGAGUUACGAACAAGUUAUUUAUCAGGAGAAAUUGCUUAGUCAGCUUCCGGGUACAAGGAAAGAGGUGAAGAUGGUUGGAGAAAUCACUGGCAUUGCUCCUCUCAUUGGAGAGGAGGCGACAAAGCAUGAGGUAUUAAGGCGAAUGUCUUCAGUUGCCCUAGUUCACAUUGCAGCACAUAGUAAAAAAGAAACAGGAGAGGUUAUCUUGGCACCAAACAUCGAGAGGACAACUCGUCAAGCUAAAGAGGAAGACUAUUUACUGAGAAUGGAGGAUGUCUUACAAGCUGGGCUGCGAGCGAGGCUGGUUGUGCUUAGCUGUAGUCACAGCGCCUGCGGAGAGGUCGUGGCUGAAGGUGUGGUUGGCAUUGCACGAGCGUUCUUGGGUGCCGGUGCUCGAUCUGUUCUGGUGUGCCUGUGGGCCAUUACCGACGAUGGUACUCUGAUGUUCAUGAAACAUUUCUGCAGAGCCCUCGCUGAAGGAAGGAGUGCCAGUGAAGCUAUCAAUCAAGCCACGAAGUGCAUGAGAGAAACUGAGAAGUUUAGAAAAGCGUACUACUGGGCGCCUUUUGUCCUCAUUGGAGAUGACGUGAAACUGGAACUAACCGAAAUGUAGAUGUUCUCAACGUCAUUACAGAGGGAUUUGUGUGCAGACAAGACAAGACGAGAUCCCUGGCGUGUGACAUCGACCGAUGACAGAUUAAACUAACAGAGGGAAACCACAAAUUAAAUGUUAAGCUACGGCUGGAAGCAUUAAUUGAAACCAUAUCGAUUAAUAGCAUGUAUGUACAGUUCAAAACUCUUUUUGGACUUUCAUUAUAUUCAAACAAAACAUUUUAACUAAUUUUACGUUGUCCCCUUAAGGAUUAUUCAUCACCUUUUUAUAAAAUAUCGAUGUGAAACUUUAUGGUCAUGUGAAUUAUGUAUGGAGUCAUUUUCACAGACACGAAUAACAAUUUUAUGACUUUCCGAACAGCUCCAAGCAUAAGCGAAAUACUAGUUUUAAUUUUGGCGUUACCGAUAAUCUAAAGAUAUUUUACCUUUGAAUUUUUUAAAACUUGCUAGAAGUUGUACAUAUCCCUAUUUUACAUGCAUCAGGGCAGCAAAACUUUUUUGAAGUAUUUUAAUUCAUAGCUUGCAUUGAUUUUUAAAUCGUUAUACCACUUGCCACUUUAGAAGUAAUGUACUAGUCGAAAAAACUA